GCCUCCCCUUGUAAACACUUCCGGCCCAUGUGUCAACAAAGUAUAUAGGCUUGAAGAUUUAUGUUGAGUAAUACAGGCGAUCAUGGGCCGGUCUUUUCAAGCUGAUGACGCUGUAGAGGCCUACAUAGAACAGCUAAUUAAGUCUGGACAGUGGCACAUUGGACUUGUUGUCGGGCAGCUAACAAACAACAAAGACUAUGUUGCCCGACUGAUUCGGACACCAGAUCCAGCGGAGGAUGAAGUCAGUGAGGAGGAAGAGGGAGAAGAAGUAGUCACAGAGAGGAAGAAGGAAGCUUGUCUCCGACCCAAAUCUCUCGACCUCACUGAUGAACAGUGGGUCUCUUCUCAUGCCACACAAGUGAACAGAAUGUUACUGGGCGGCCUGGAUGUGAUCGGAGUCUUCGCCCUGGCUCCUCCAAAUAUGAUGCAGAGUUCUCAAGCCAAGCUCAGACAGGUUGUAUUUGCUGUCCACAAGGCCCUCAGUAAACUGACCCUCUGUGACCGAGAAAAUGCCAUCACUGACCGCAUGGUGCUACAGAUCUGUUCAGUGGCCAGAAAACUGACAUGCAGGACGUUUGAUGUGGCAGACAUGAAGAGUACUGCUCGUCCAGCAGAAUGGCGGUACGUGAGUGGUCUUCUUGACCGCUGGUCACAGCUGUCCACCAUGGUGUCAGUCGACGUCGCUAUCACCGUCCCAAACGACGCCCGCACCACCACCAUGCAUAAACAGAUUCAGCAAGGAAUUCAACCCUUCUGUAAAUCCAUAUACAAUGGUAUGGCGCUGUUGAAUGGUGAGCUUCGAAACGAUGAUGAAGUACUUGACCAAUCAGAACCAAGGAAAGGGAAGUCAAAGGACAAGGCAAACCCAGGGAGACAACAGUUUGCUGUGGAUCUUCUCGACAACAUGUCCGAUAACAACAAUGUACCUGACCCCACCGCACUCUCAGUCAAGGCCAUCCUCAAGGUCAGAGGUCAGAUGAUUGGAAGGUCAUUGGUUAACAAUCGUGCAACUGUGAGGGAUGCUAUUGAGGCAGUGCGGUCCGAUGUUGUACGGAGUCUGGUAUCUCGGUGUGAGCUCCUGUGUGAAGACCUCGAGGUCGUGGAAGAGCACGGAGCAAGGGAGUUGUAUGAUACACCAGUCCGUGUCUUCACCACCGUUCCCAAGUCAUCGCUGGCAUUCUGCGACUACAUGUUCCAAGAUGAAAAGACGCAAGAGGUGACAGAGAGGCUGAAGGAGUUGCUAGACAUCGAUGUCACAGAGGAUGACCUUGAACUUCAGUGUGAGAGACAUGCAGAGGAGGGGGACUGGUCCUCAGGUGUUGAGUCAGAGGAUGGCACGGAACACUCGGGAGGUUCUGCUGGAGACGGGAGUGGUCUCGGAGCUUAUCUAGGCAUGGCUGUCAGUGGGGUGGUGGCAGCUGUGGUUGGCGUGGCCUACAUGAUGUAUGGGGACAGCUGAGGACGGGGUCAGCUGAGGACGGGGACAGCUGAGGACAGGGUCCAGGCCACUGCUGAGUUUAAUGGAGCUUCUACAAGGUUAUGGUGCGUCCACUGCUGUAGUCUCCGUGGAUCACCAUGACACAUCAAGCAGGACGAAGGUGCUACAAGAUCGAAACUGUAUGAUCGAUUUGACAAGAAAAUAUUACCGUUUGUGACAUGGUUAAAUUUCAGCAUUACAUUUUAAAGGUUCUGUCACAUAUUUGGUUUGAAAUAGAAUCUAUAUGGCCUGUUCUUCAGAGCUCCCAACAGGCUGCACUUUUGCUUAAAAUAGGCAAAAUAUAUCACUCCUACAUGAUUAAUUUUGCUUUGUCUCCAUAGAACUAUGCAUGAAAGGUUUCAUAAGCUGAACAGUAUAAUAUGACAUUGAAAGAAUAAUAAUAGCUGAGAACACGGAGAGUACUUUCCGUUAUACAUCAGUUGGCAGACCAAUGUUUCCCAUGCGUCACAAAGGAUGCAGCCAUCACAUACAUGAACUAUAAGUGAGGACAGCUGUAGGACUAUAUACAUGUGAUUUAUUGUUUGUUCGGCAUUCUAGAAGUCGGUGAGUCAAUAAUAAAGCAAACAAUUUUAUUGAUAACAUCUUCUUGUGUAUUAUAUUGCACAGAGCAAUGUUUGGUGUACAUUCUUAAACCAUUUUCAAGCUCAAACUUCGCAAUGUGCAAUAAACAAGAAGUUCUUGUCCAUGUUGUGUGCUUCAUUAGAUGUUAUGUAUUGAAAAUAAGAAUGAGAGUGGAAUACUUUUUAUGAAUUUCCCCGCCAGGAGUGCCAACAUACAACUAGGCACCCGAUGAACUCCGAUCUUUGAUCAAAUGUUUUUGUCAAGUCUGCUUCAUGUAGCAGAGAGGUCCAGAAAAGAAAAAGUAAAUAUCUCUGACAAUCAGGAUAUAAAGUGACAUGAUAAAGGCAAGAAAAACAUGUUAAUUAUUUUUGAGCCAACAUGUAUUUAACUUGCUAAAAUCAUUUUUACAUUUUGAUAGACAUACUGCCUUUACCAUAUAUUACUGUAGAUAAGACAAUCUCAUAGAUAUGCUGAGGUUCUAACUUGUUUGUUCACACAAAGCAAUACAAUGUCGUUUUCUUACCACCUGAAAAGAACUUUGAUGAAAGAGUAACCUGUAGGUAAGUCAACCCCCUUCUACUUUUCUUGGUCCUCAAACUUAUGUCUUAUACGGUAUACCAGCAAGUAAUCAUUGUUUCUUUGUGGGUGUUUGUGUAUCAACAAAUGGAUAUGUACAUGCAUGUUCUCAUAUUUCUACUGUUUGUUACAUGCAGUGGCAUCCAGUAAUGAUGUUCUGUGACAUGAGGUGGUGAUGUCCUGUACUUGCCAGAUGUUGCUGCAGUGUUUUUUCAGUGUUUCUGUGAUACACAAUGGGAAGUGAUUUCACAAUUAAAUCACUUAAUCCACUGUUAAAUAUGUAACUGUACUAUUGACAGUUUUACCUUCAGCUCAGUUCAUGGCUGCACAUUUUAUAGCAAGAAGAUGAUUUCUGUGUUGGGGGAAGGUUUUAUUGUGAUUGAUAACAGAGCUGUUCGGAUAAGCCUUGUUUGAUGAUGUGAGGACUUUGAAAGUCUGUGAAUCGUCUGUAUGAAUGACACUGUACAUAAUCUAGGUGUGUAAAUGUGGAUGUACAAAUAAAUAUUGACACAGUUA